AUGUCAGGAGCCAGCAGUGACCAGCUGCACAGAUCAACUUUAACUGUCUAUUCGAACCUGAUGGAGCACUUCAAUCCAGGCCUCCAGAAGCUUGUUGCUCUAGGAAACAGCUAUGUCAAAGCUUUCCAAGCCUUAGCUGUUUGCAGUGAGGCCUAUUUCAGCGCUGUGGCUAAGAUGGGUGACCAGGCUCUUCACACACUUUCAUCCCGCUCUCUUGGGGACGUCCUGAUCCAGAUAUCAGACACACAGAGGAGACUCACCGCAGAGAUGGAGGGAGUGUUCCGAUGGUUCCAGAUAGAGGUGCUGCAAGCCAUGGAGAAGAAUGUAAAGUUGGAUGAGGAAUACAUUGAUGGUAGUCGCAGAGUGUAUGAGCUGGAGGUGAGGAAUCAGGCUGAGGCUUUGGAGAAACAGCUCAGACGAGGAGCCUACAGAGACUCAUUGGAGAACAGUGAGUACAUGCUGUACCUGAGGCAGAGCCAGCAGGAGAUCCUCAAAGAGGAGGAGAGGAGGUAUCGCUUCUUGGCAGAGAAACACUGUGGCCUCACUCAGUCACUACUCUUCCUAAUAAACAAGACUGGUGCAUCUCUUCAGCAAAAAGCAGACGGAUGGAAGGAGAAAGUGAACGAGACCAGAGGGUCCAGACCUCGAACUCCCACCCCCUUGGACCAAGAGGCACAGCUGCGAGGUUCAGUGAGCUCCCUGCUGCAGACAGUAGCCAGAGAUGAGGACAUGUCCUGGGCCAGGAGGGAGCAGCAGGCACUGGGCAGAGUGCCCUCUAGAGCACCGUCUCCCCUCCCCAGCCGCUCGCGCUCCAGCUCAGUGGGGGAAUCUCUGGGUCUGGGAGGCGGGAGAGCCAUGAGAGCCCUGGUGUCUCACCCCUCCUCAUCCAACCCAAAACUUCUACCUUUCAACAGGGGAGAGACUGUCACCGUACUCGUCCAGGAACCACGCAAUGGCUGGCUGUACGGACGCACUGACAGCAGCCUGCGUCAGGGCUGGUUCCCUGCUGCUUAUGUGGCACCUAUUGAAGAUUUCUCCAACACUUUAGCAACAAGUGGUGGUUCACUAAGAAGCCACAGUAUGAACAAUCUGCUGGAUCCCACUGACACCCACACCGACCAAUUGGAGAGCAAGAACUACGGAGAUAUCCCGCCCCCGGCCACGCCCAACCGCAGAGCUUCUGUAGACUUCCGGCCGACCUCUCCGCUUCCUGAGAAGAAGGCAGAACCAGUGACAGAGAUCAAGCUCGCUCAAACUAAGACCUACAAUGAACACCCGCCUCCACCUCCCCCGCCGCCGCCUCCUCCGUCGAGUCAGAAUCUCAGAAGGGGCUCUGAAGAUUUUCGACCAAUCUCUCCCCUCCCUGACAGGAAGGGCGAAUCAGCGUCUGAAGUCCAGAUACCAGAGGCAUUAUCAACCCAUGGGCCACCGGAGAACCCUUUGUUUCCCAGAGGCACAAACCCAUUCGCCACAGUAAAGCUUCGCCCCACGACGACCAAUGACAGAUCUGCUCCUCGGAUCCACUGA